AAGCUGGUGAACACAGUAAAAAUACCUGCACAUAUUAACACGUUGAUGUUAAAGAAAAACACCGUUGUAUCUGUACGGCCUCACAGAGCCGCCAACAUGGAUGAGUGUUGGACCAUUUCCACGAAAGAGGAGAUCUACUCCCCUCCUCUCUACUUUAGAGAAGUGAAGCGUUCCUGGUUUGUCAGACAGGAAAGACAAGAGGCAACGUUAAACCAUGAGAACCUCAGGCAUGAAAGUCCAUCUCACUCUGACCUGCAUCUUCUUUCUCACAGCGCUGCAGGAGACUGAUCUCAUCAAUGCACACACCUUCAUUUACACAGGAACUGAAGGAGGAAACAUCACAGUCACAUGCUCAUUUAUCUUCUCUGGAAGGAAGAAGAUCUUCUGUAAGAAUGAAUGUACAGAAGACAAAGACAUUCUCAUUGAAACAGAAGAGAACAGAGCUCAGAGCGGCAGAUACAGCAUUGAAUAUAAAGAAGGAUUUUAUCCAGUAUCUUCUACACUUCUGUUUGUGACCAUCACACAGCUGACCAAGUCUGACUCAGGAUGGUACUGGUGUGGUUUGGAAAGAGGUGAUUUUCCAAGUGGAUACGAUGAGAUUUACCUCAGAGUGACAGAUGCUCCAACCACUUCAAUCCCGGACUGUACUCUUCCACCCUUUUCAACAUCACUCCCAUCAGCCUCCACACCGACACUGAUACAGACAACACAGAGUUUAACCUCCAGUUCAUCAUCCUCCCCUGAAACCACCAAACAGCCUGAGACAUCAUCUGCAGGUUAUUUCCUGGUUUUGGUCACAUGUGUACCUGUGGUGAUGGUGGUUGUUCUGUUGGUUGUUGUUUUGCUGCUGCUCUACAGAAAAAAGAUAAAGGUCUCUCAUGGUUCAAACACGAGAGGAAAGUCAGACUGCACAGUGAUGGAGGAUGUCACCUAUGAGAACUGUCCUCCAGCCUCCACACAUCAGGACUCCAUCUACCAGAGCCUGGAUCCAGCUAGCAGGGAUCAUGACCAAACCUACUCUACACUCUCACACACACAUCAUAAAUGAUACUGUCUGAGAGUCAGAGUAAAUCUCUCAGCAUUUAAAACACACACACAGUGUGAAUGAAACUUCUUUUGCUAAUUUUCUGUCUGUUAAAGGAUAAGUUCACAAUGUUUCAAGCUGAUAAAUGCCAAUAUGAACAUUGAAACAGUUGUUAUGUGCUGUAAUUAUCCAUUGUCCUUUGACCUCCAAAAU